AUGGAACUUUCUGGUCAAUUAGAAGGAGAAAUCCCAAUCCCAAUCCCAAUAAACAGCAGUUACGAUAAUGGGGAUGAGCACAUGACUCAUCAUGACCCUGCACACAAUACCCACAUUAUGUCUUCCUCAUCAAUCAAAAUUAACCCUUCAAAUGGGUUCCCAGGCCUAGAAGAUCAUGGAUCCUACAAGAAAAUGGUGAGGUACAAAGAAUGCCUAAAGAACCAUGCAGCUGGAAUGGGAGGAAAUGCCACUGAUGGAUGUGGUGAGUUCUUGCCAAGUGGAGUAGAAGGGACCAUAGAAGCUUUGAACUGUUCUGCCUGCCAUUGUCACAGAAACUUUCACCGAAAGGAGGUAGAAGGUGAGGCUGAGGCUGAGCAUGAGCCCUACAGCCGUAACUCACAUUUCAACAGCAGGUUGGGGAAAAAAUUCAUCCUUGGCCAUCACGUAGCUCCUGAGGCUUUGGGUUACCCUACUGCUGCUAACAUUCUACCAUCAAGAACUGUACCACCUCACCACAUGAUAAUGGGAUCCCUGUCCAUCCCUUCCGAAUCCGAUGAACAAGAAGCUAGACCUCCACAGAUAGUGAAGAAAAGGUUCAGGACAAAAUUCACCCAGGAACAGAAGGACAGAAUGAUCAACUUUGCUGACAAGGUUGGGUGGAAAAUUCAGAAGCAAGAGGAGUCUCUAGUCCAACACUUCUGCCAAGAGAUUGGGGUCAAAAGAAGAGUGCUCAAGGUUUGGAUGCACAACAAUAAGCACAAUCUAGCCAAAAAGAAUCCCCCAGCUGCAUAA